UUAUUAGACAAAGAUUCAGAAUCUAAAAUGAAUAUCUUUUUUACUAUUCCUAAAGCACUUCCAAGAUUUUGGCUAUCCUUUCUUCUGCUCAUCUCUUGUGUUCUCUUACAAGGCUAUGGAGAUGAUGAGUCUGCAAAAGGAGACACUAAAGUUAUACGUAUUGGUGCAAUUAUUGAUGUUAAUUCUCGUAUUGGUAAAGAACAGCAACUAGCCAUGGAAAUUGAAGCUCAAAACUACAAUAAGACAUCGAAGACUCACAAGCUGGCUCUCUAUUUCCAGAACGCCACUAAGGAAGCCUUCAGAGUCACAUCUCUCGCUGAAGAGUUAAUUGAAAUGAAGCAAGUAGAAGUAAUUAUAGGGAUGCAUACGUGGCAGGAAGCUGCUCUAGUGGCUGAAAUUGGAAGUCAAGCUCAAGUUCCAAUCAUAUCCUUUGCAUCACCUGCAAUUACCCCGCCAUUGACACCGAAACGAUGGCCUUAUCUGGUAAGGCUAGCGAACAAUGUGACUGCACAAGUAAAAUGCAUUGCAGGCAUAGUGAAUGCUUUCAGUUGGCAAAGAGUAGUAGUCGUAUAUGAAGAUGACGGCUAUGGUGGUGGAGACGACGGGAUGUUAUCACUCCUUUCUGAGGCCCUCCGAGACUUUGGUUCGCUAAUAGAGUACCGUUUAGCUCUUCCACCAAUAUCUAUUUUACCAGAUCCAGGAGGGCUAAUCAAUGAGGAGCUGAUUAAGUUGGUAAAGCAAAGUCAGUCUCGUGUUUUCAUUGUUUUGCACUCAUCCUUAGAAAUGGUGACUCAUUUUUUCAGAGAAAGUUCAAAGAUGGGACUUGUGGAUAGAGAUUCAGCUUGGAUAAUCUCAGAGAGCAUAACUAAUUUGCUUGACUCUCUGGAUAAGUCCGUUAUUUCCUCCUAUAUGGGAGGGUCUUUAGGAAUCAAGACACACUACUCAGAAAAUAGCGGUGAGUAUCAAGAUUUUCGAGCUCAGUUCAGGAAAAAAUUUCGUGCAAAAAAUCCAGAGGAAGAUAAUAGUAACCCAGGAUUUUAUGCUUUGCAAGCAUAUGAUAGCAUCAAAGUUGUCAUUCAAGCAGUAGAAAGAAUGGAAAGGAACAAUAGUAGCAGCACAGAGGCUUUGCUAAGAGAAAUAUUGUCUAGCAGUUUUCUAGGUCUAAGUGGGGAAAUUCAUUUUGAAGCAGGUCAGCUCUUGCAGAAUCCUAUCCUAAGGAUGGUAAAUGUAGUUGGGAAGAGUUAUAAAGAAAUAGACUUUUGGACUCAAGAAAAUGGGUUCACCGCAAGCCUGCCUACAGGAAAAAGUGAAGAAAAUGCUACUGCUAAUACACAAAGUUUGGCCGGUGUAGUACAAUGGCCAGGGAAUUUGCAGAGAACUCCAAAAGGUUGGAAUAUGCCUAUUAAGCGAAACCCAUUGAAAAUUGCAGUUCCAGGAAGAACUUCAUUUUCAAAGUUUGUCAAGGUUGAAUAUGGAAAAAGUCCAGAUCAGAAUCAAUACAGUGGAUUCUGUAUUGAGAUUUUCAACAAGGUGCUAGAUCUUUUGGAAUAUGAUCUACCCUGAGUUUUAUCCCCUCAAUGUAACCUAUCCUGAUCUCGUUCAACUUGUGUACAACAAGGUAGCAAUUCUUCUUCAUUCAACCUUUUCUAUCUUUUUCAGAAAUAGAAAAGUAGAAGUUAUAUUACACAUCAUUUAUCAGAGUGCUGUUAAAAACAAUGACAUCAUUCUUCAUGAAUUUUAAGCAGCCAAAUGUACGUUGUUUUCCUUCCUUAACUAGCAAUCACUCCUUUCCCCAUGGCACAUGCUAUAAGAAAACACUGAAUUCAAUUCAAGACUUGACAGAAUUAAAUUUUUUUCAGGGAAUCUAGUAUUUUUGUUGAAGGGAACGUGAUGGUCGUGACCAAGUUCAACUGUGCCUUAGACUUCAUUAUUGUUUCCAUUUCUAGAAGAUAACAAACAUCUUAACUUUGUUUUCUAAAGCAUGAUUCUCUCAAUCUAGCCACCACUGAAUAUUUUUCUUUACAAUCAUUUUUGUCUUUACGUCGAAGCAUGCACAUGGGUGCGUGUGCAUGUGCAUGCUUGGCAGAGAAAACCUUCAAUUUUUCAUACAGGGCAUUAUGUCUUGUUAACUUCUGAAUUUUAUGUACCAUUUUGGUUCUACCUCACCGAACUAAAUUACUUCCUUUUUGUCUUAUAAUGGUGGUGGAAGACUUAUGAUGCAGUGGUUGGUGACAUGA